UGAUAAUCGAGGGAGAGGAAAAGAAAGAAACCAUCGAUUCGAUCUGGAAAAGAAAUGCUUUUGUUGAUUCGUUAAGCAAAGCGAUCGGAAAUCUCCUCCAAAACAAUUGGGUUUUGGGAUAUGGCGGAGGAGAUCAAAGGACAAAGAGGAGAGAGAGAGAGAGAGAGAGGGAGGGACUACUAGUCUUUGGCAAGAACGGGCAGUCUAGCAGCGCAGAGGUCGGCCAGAGCGCACAGCGCGAGCAGAGCGACGAGACAGUGAGUGGCACACAGAUUUUUGGAGCACAGAGUGAGAGAGAGAGAGAGAGAGAGAGAGAGAGAGUGAGUGAGAAAGCUUGAGAGGAAGAAGAAGAGAUUUUCUCCUUCUGGAUCAUCCAUCACGAAAAAGAGUGUGAUGGUGGUGGUGGUGGCGAUUCCUUGAUUUCGCUCCAGUGGGCAUUCAUGGCAUAGCUAGCUCGUCGCCAUCCAGCAUUGGCGGAGAUUGGAUUUUUGGAUCGGGGCUGGCGGGGCGGAGAGAGCGCCGCGCGGUGGCGGUGGGAUUGGAAUUCUGUGCCCGUUCCGUUCUACGAUCUCUGUCUUCCACCUCCGCCUUGAAACCAAGAGCUCUCUCUAGCCGAGAAAGGAAUGUGGGUCUCUUGCUCUUCUUCUUCCUCUCACGUUUGCGCUUGAGAGCUUUGGCUGCACGAUAGGAUGGCAGCGGCGGCAGCGGCAGCACUGGAGAGCGCCAGUCCAGCGCCAGUUGAUAGAUGGAUAGAUGAUAGAUCAUGAGCUAGCAUAGAUUCACGCAACAUCCGCACGCCAUCGCCGAGAGUUCUUCCUUUCUUGCUCCUUUCCUGGAAUGUGGGAUCUGGGAAGAGCGAGAAGAGCUCGUAUAGAGUAGAUUGCAAGAACAGGACGGCGAUAUGGCGAGCAGUACCAGCAGCGAUUGAAAGCUCUCGCAGUGGGCUUGCGAUAAAAGAUGAGAUCGAUGCACCACUUUGUGUUAUCUUUGCUCUUCCUCUUGGCUGCUCUUCUUGGCAGCGCUUCCGGCCUCUCAGACGAUGGGGUGGUGCUGCUCGAGAUCAAGAAAUCGCUCAACAAUGCCGACAACGUUCUCUACGAUUGGGAAGGAGCAAUUGAUCGCGACCCGUGUUUCUGGAGGGGUGUCAGCUGCGAUAAUGUCACGCUUGCAGUGAUUGGCUUGAAUCUGACUCAAUUGGGACUUUCCGGAGAGAUCUCGCCAGCUUUUGGAAGGCUCAAAAGUCUCCAGUAUUUGGACUUGCGAGAGAACAGCUUGUCUGGACAGAUUCCAGAUGAGAUUGGGCAGUGCGUCAACUUGAAAACCAUAGAUCUUUCGUUCAAUGCAUUCCACGGAGAUAUUCCAUUCUCGAUCUCGCAACUCAAGCAGCUCGAGAAUCUUAUACUGAAGAACAAUCAACUUACGGGGCCGAUCCCUUCGACGCUGUCGCAGCUCCCGAACCUUAAGACUCUGGACUUGGCACAGAACAAGCUGACAGGAGAAAUACCAACUUUGCUCUACUGGAGUGAAGUUUUGCAGUACUUAGGUUUGAGGGAUAAUCUCUUGACUGGGAACUUGUCCCCCGAUAUGUGCCGGCUUACGGGGCUGUGGUAUUUUGAUAUUCGGAGCAACAACAUCACAGGUCCCAUUCCAGAAAAUAUUGGAAACUGCACAAGCUACGAGAUCCUAGACCUCUCGUAUAACCAGCUGACUGGCGAGAUUCCUUUCAACAUCGGCUUUCUGCAAGUGGCAACCUUGUCUCUGCAAGGAAACAAGCUUGUUGGCAAAAUUCCAGACGUGAUCGGUCUUAUGCAGGCUCUGGCAGUUUUGGAUUUAAGUAACAACUUCCUUGAAGGAUCGAUUCCUUCAAUACUUGGCAAUCUUACUUUCACCGGCAAGCUAUAUCUCCAUGGAAACAUGCUUACUGGAGUCAUUCCUCCGGAGCUUGGAAAUAUGACGAAGCUCAGCUACUUGCAACUCAACGAUAACAAUCUAACAGGACAGAUUCCUCCCGAGCUGGGAAGCUUAAGCGAGUUGUUUGAGCUGGAUCUUUCCAACAACAAGUUCUCUGGACCAUUUCCAAAAAAUGUGAGCUACUGCUCGUCCUUAAACUACAUUAACGUUCACGGAAACAUGCUAAACGGCACCGUGCCUCCAGAGCUUCAGGAUCUGGGAAGCUUGACUUAUUUAAACUUGUCAUCUAAUUCGUUUUCGGGAAGGAUUCCUGAAGAACUAGGACACAUUGUCAACUUAGAUACAAUGGAUCUCUCAGAAAACAUUUUAACCGGACACAUUCCCAGAUCAAUAGGCAACCUUGAACAUCUCCUCACGCUUGUUCUAAAACACAACAAACUCACUGGAGGAAUUCCGUCUGAAUUUGGUAGCUUGAAAAGCAUCUAUGCAAUGGAUUUGUCGGAGAACAAUCUGUCGGGGAGCAUACCGCCAGAGUUAGGACAGCUACAAACACUGAAUGCACUACUUCUGGAAAAGAAUUCCCUGUCAGGAUCGAUACCACCGCAGCUUGGAAACUGUUUCAGCCUCAGCACCUUGAACUUGUCAUACAACAAUCUCUCAGGAGAGAUACCAGCGAGUAGCAUCUUCAAUAGAUUUUCAUUCGACAGCUAUGUAGGAAAUCUACAGCUCUGUGGUGGAUCCACGAAACCAAUGUGCAACGUCUACAGGAAGAGGUCAUCUGAAACGAUGGGAGCAUCAGCGAUUCUUGGCAUUUCGAUCGGCUCAAUGUGUCUGCUACUGGUCUUCAUCUUCCUGGGCAUUCGCUGGAACCAGCCCAAAGGAUUCGUCAAAGCCUCGAAGAACUCAUCCCAGAGCCCUCCCAGCCUCGUCGUUCUACACAUGGACAUGUCUUGCCACACUUACGACGAUAUCAUGCGCAUCACAGACAACCUCCACGAGAGAUUUCUCGUCGGCCGCGGUGCCUCCAGCUCCGUCUACAAAUGCACGCUCAAGAACGGCAAGAAAGUUGCGAUCAAGCGGCUCUACAAUCACUAUCCACAGAACGUCCACGAGUUUGAGACGGAGCUCGCGACUCUAGGCCACAUCAAGCACCGAAACUUGGUAAGCUUGUAUGGAUACUCGCUAUCCUCGGCCGGGAACCUCCUCUUCUACGACUUCAUGGACAAUGGAAGCCUCUGGGACAUCCUCCACGGACCAGUGAGAAAGGUGACGCUCGACUGGGACGCGCGGUUGAUCAUCGCGCUGGGCGCUGCGCAGGGGCUGGAGUACCUGCACCACAACUGCAGCCCCCGGAUCAUCCACCGGGACGUGAAGUCCUCCAACAUUCUCCUGGACGAGAGGUUCGAGGUCCAUCUCUCCGACUUUGGCAUCGCCAAGAGCAUUUGCUCCGCGAGCACGCACACGUCCACGUACGUGAUGGGGACGAUCGGCUACAUUGAUCCGGAGUACGCCAGGACGUCGCGGCUCAACGAGAAAUCCGACGUCUACAGCUUCGGGAUCGUGCUCCUGGAGCUCAUCACGCGGCAAAAGGCCGUGGACGACGAGAAGAACUUACACCAAUGGGUGUUGUCUCACGUGAACAACAAGAGCGUGAUGGAGAUCGUGGAUCAAGAGGUGAAAGAUACGUGCACGGACCCAAACGCGAUCCAGAAGCUCAUCCGCUUGGCGCUGCUGUGCGCACAGAAGUUCCCGGCGCAAAGACCCACCAUGCACGACGUUGUCAAUGUGAUCUUGACGCUGCUGCCUCCGCCCAGCGUCAAGAAAUCCUCGGCCGGGGCUGCCAAUGCCGCUGCCAAUGCCGCUGUGGAUUCCGCUGCGAAUGCCGGUGGAGCAAACCGGAGGUAUGUGGACGACUACGUGGAUAGCAAGCACAGGGACAAUCUCUCGGCCAGCAGCACCACCUCGGGCGGCCACCUCUUUGUCAAGUUUGGCGAAGUUAUCUCCCAAGGGUGAAAAAUUUUCCCACCUCUUGUAUCAUAUAACUAAAAUAGCUACUCUGUUUUUAGGGUUCA